UUAAAUACUAUGAGGUUGCCUUUAUGACAUCCCAGCUACCCAACUUCAUUUUUAUUCUCACCAUGUUGUGUUUGAUUAAUUUUCUGUCCUCCUUUCACCCUGUGUGUUCUGUUCCCAUGUGAUUACAGUGCACAUAGCUCUUCUCAUACACAAUUUCGUUCUGUUGCUUUCGAUUGUCCCUUGGACUUCGUUCAUUCCCACCCUCUUAAGCUUUUUCUAUUUGUUUUCUAGGAAAAUUCUGUUGACAGUUUCAUGAACCUCACCAGUCCAAUCUAUAAUAAUAAUAAUAACGAUUAAGCCCUUCAGUUUAUUCUCGUUGCUUUGAUUACCAUUACGUGAUUCCUGCAUCAUGAAGUUUCAUACUUUCGGGGUGGUUUUGUAAUUUUUUUCUCUUUUAUCAAAGGGUUUUGGGUUGUGGGUAUCAGAAAAAAAAAAUGAAGGACAAGGUGGAUUCCCCUGUUGGUGUUCUGGAGGACUAUUUGAAGAGCUCAGAGUCAGAAACAAGUUCCUCCAAAGAACCCACUGUGGAAUCUGAGUCUCAAGAAAAGUCAAAACCCGGUUCUAAGUGGCAUGCGUUUCUUCAAUUGUUGAGGACCAGUUCAAAGAAGCCAAUACCCACAUUGCAUCCUCUCAGUGUUCUCAAGCUUUCGAGAAGAAUGAGCAGUAGCAUGAGCGAGACUCUAAUAGAUGCAGAUUCGCCCUUGCACAGGUCUCCACCGUGGAAGAUUUUCACCCAGCAUGAGAUACAAACUGCAACCAAUUAUUUCGGCCAAGAAAAUUUUAUUGGUAAGGGUGGUUAUGCUGAUGUUUACAAAGGGUGUUUGCCAACUCGUCAAUUAGUAGCGAUUAAACGGCUAACACGAGGAGCAGAAAAUGAAACUAUAGGGGACUUCUUAUCAGAACUUGGCAUAAUGGCGCAUGUAAACCAUCCCAAUACUGCUAAGUUAGUUGGCUAUGGAGUGGACGGAGGAAUGCAUUUAGUUCUUGAAUUGUCUGAAAAGGGGAGCUUAGCUUCGGUGCUAUAUGGUUCCAAGGAGAAACUAGUUUGGUCUAUUAGGCAGAAAAUAGCAUUAGGAACAGCUAAGGGAAUAUUGUAUCUUCAUGAAGGUUGUCAAAGAAGAAUUAUCCACAGAGAUAUAAAAGCAGCAAAUAUCUUGCUUACGGAGGAGUUUGAACCGCAGAUUUGUGAUUUCGGGCUAGCAAAAUGGCUACCAGAGAAUUGGACUCAUCACACCGUUUCAAAAAUUGAAGGGACUUUCGGUUACCUUGCUCCUGAAUACUUGCUUCAUGGGAUAGUGGAUGAGAAAACAGAUGUAUUUGCCUUUGGUGUAGUGCUAUUAGAAUUAGUCACUGGGCGGCGAGCACUUGAUUCUUCACAGCAAAGCCUUGUUUUGUGGGCAAAACCUUUGCUGAAAAAGAACUAUAUUAGGGAGCUGAUUGAUUCUUCACUGGCCGAUGACUUUGACUGUCGGCAGAUUAAUAUUAUGCUCUUGGCUGCUUCUUUAUGCAUUCAACAAUCCUCUAUUCGUCGUCCCUCUAUGAGACAGGUUGUACAGCUUUUGAAUGGUAACCUUAGCUGCUUUAAGUUGACGAAGAAAUCUCAACUUCCAUUUUUCAGAAAAGUCUUUCAAGAAGAGCUCCUUGAUUCAGAGUAAUUGAAAGGAACAUGAAUCAUACGAGAGUAACAGCAACACUAGAUGAAUUGUGGUUAAAUAUUGACGGUGAUAUAUCUAAUUCCUUUCAAUUUUCCAUUUUCUUCCGGAAGAAAGGCAAAAGUUCAUUUUCUCUCAUACGUCGUGUAUGGGAUUGGAAUUUUCUCAAAGAGGAAUUGGAUUUAAGUAAUUAAGUAAUAUGAUAUUUAUUAAAU